CUUAUUUUGAAAUAUUGUUUUCACAUGUCUCACAGCUCAGAGGAUCUUUGGACGCGCUGCUAAACGCAGAUAACCCUCAAGAUGCCAAAGGAAGGAAAGGAGGAGGUCUCUGACAUUUCUCCUGUCUUAUUCCUGGACGCAAGUGGACAAUCAAUGCGCUUCUAUGUAAGACCUGGUCCAACAAAAACUCAACUUUACCCUCUGGUAACUAACGGAGGAGGCACUUUGUGUCGCAAUCAAGAGCCUGGAGCAAUUUUGCUGAUCGAUCCCGGGGACGCAACUACUGCCACGACAAGCUCUGGACAAAAGUACAUCUCUACGAAAUACAUCAAAGAUUGCGUAGAGCAAAACCAACAGUUGAAUCUGGACGACUAUGUGAUUAGCGUGGGGCCGUCUGUUCAGACGAGGAUGGCGACCCGUCAUCAGGGCAAUGGGCGGUUGGUUUACUCACCUGAAGAUGAUGCAGCUAUCUUGAAGUUCAUGGAAAAACGGCAACAUGAAGCCAAAGGCAACACGGUUUGGAAAGAAAUGGAGAAACGGCGCGUGACCAACCACAGCUGGCAGUCGAUGAGGGAUCGGUUUCUAAAACACCUUCAGCAUAAACUCGUCAAGAAAAGUCCCACGAAAAGAAAACCGCUUUGUUUUACGCAAAGCCCUUUGCGUAAGAAAAAACUCACUGAGAACUCUGAGACGGAUACCUUACAAAACUCUCCUCAAAAGCCUGUUGUGUCAGAUUCAUCUGAAACGCAAAUCGCCACAGAGAACAGCGUGUGUCCGACCGUGAGGACCAACCCUCAACCUUCUCCUGAGAGAGCCAGUUCUCCUCCAGAUGUGCCAGAUGCUGCAGAAGAGCCUCAAAACGCCUCAAGCCAUGAGAGUCAGGCUGCGUCUCCUGUCCCGGUCCAAGAACAAGAAACUACAGAGCCUGAAAUGUCCAAAAGACCUGGAUUAGAUGAAGACUGUGAUGGACAAGACAUUCCUGAUGGAUCAAAUGAACAUUCAUCUCCUAACAAAAUAAGACAAACAACCAGCGAAACUGCCACACCUGAUUCUAGGAAACUUGGGAUUCUUGCCAAAGCUGCAAGAGAAUUUGAAGACUCAGAUGUGAUGGAUGAAAGUGAAGAAGGCGAAGAUCCAUUUGAAGCACCAAUCACCAAGCCAUCAGAUGCACAAGAAAGUUCAGCAUCAUCUGCAACAUUAACCAGGGAACCCGAAACUCAAGCUGAGAUUAACAAACAUGCCCAACAGGAAGCACCAGAAGCUUUUUGUCCCUCACCAUCACCUGAAGAAGAGCGUCCAGGUCCUAGUUCCACAGCUGUCCCUGCAUCUUCAUCCCACGUCUUCAUUCUUGACUCCGAGUCGCAGGACAAACAUGACAGCCAAACGAGAGGAACUCCAGAGGAACCUUCCAAGGACUUGGUGGAACAUGUUGAGAACUUGAUGACAAAGACCAAGAAAGAUUUGAUUGAGGUGACCAAGGCACUGUGGAAAGCCAGUGGUGACCUCACGAGGGCUCAGGCGUAUCUGCUAAAUGGGUACGACCAUGAAAUUCACGGGCCUGUCUGGACUCAUCUAGAUGAUGAGAUCCUCCUGUUGGCCGAUCCAUUUGAACUUGAGCAGCUUCAGUCCAAGUAUGGAAAGGAGGAAGUGACCAGGAGAAGAGAUUUCCUCACAGCUGGCAAUAACUGAGAGGAUCUGUUUGGUUUAAUGGAUGUUUUCUGAAACCAGCGGCUCAACUAGACAGAACUUACAAUAAUACUGUUUUCAUCCAAUUUUGUAUUCUAAGUUUGGUAAAAUUCAGAUUUAUGUUGAUACAUUUAUA